CGGCCUUCAGAAGCUGAGGGCGGAGCUCUGUGGAGAUAAAUGGUAUUAGAUAAGGCCAUUAGGGCUGUGUGGAUUAUACUAAUCUGGUCCCUCUGCCAUUGGGGUGGUCCACCACUCCAGUACCCGGCAAGAUGCAGCAUGGAACACUACUUACUUCAUCAUUCUUCCUCCUCUUCUUCCUCUGUGAGGUUCUUACUGAAGUGCAUUCACAGGAGGAGAGUGAAGACAACGAAAGCUGGACAGCGAAAACAUGCAAUUGUGACUGUGACAGCAGGGAAUCCUCCACUGAUCUGGGCCACAUCAGCACAAGAUCAAACUGGGUCCAAGACCUCACCUGCAUGCCAGAAUGCCCAUAUCACAGGCCCUUGGGCUUUGAGGCUGGAUCAGUCACUCCUGACCAGAUCAGCUGUUCUAAUGAGGACCAGUACACAGGCUGGUUCUCCUCCUGGACCCCUAACAAGGCCCGACUCAACAACCAGGGAUAUGGUUGUGCCUGGCUGUCCAAGUACCAGGACACAAGCCAGUGGAUCCAGACUGAUCUGAAGGAGGUGAACGUGGUGUCAGGCAUCCUGACGCAGGGCCGCUGUGACGCUGAUGAGUGGAUCACCAAGUACACCGUGCAGUUCCGCACCAACGAAAACCUCAACUGGGUCUACUACAAAGACCAGACCGGUAACAACAGGGUGUUUUAUGGGAACUCAGACCGCUCGUCCUCUGUCCAGAACCUGCUGCGGCCACCCAUAGUGGCGCGCUACAUACGCAUCAUACCCCUAGGCUGGCAUACGCGCAUCGCCAUGCGCAUGGAGCUGCUUCUCUGCACAAGCAAAUGCAUCUGAUGCAGCUUGCAGCCAGCGAACACCGCCCAGCCCGUUACCUGCUCGCUGCCCCCUUUCCUCAACAGAACCCUCUAGCUGUUCUCUGCCUCAAAAAACAUUUUAUUUAACUGUUUUUAGAUGUGUAUUAAAAAUACAACCUCCCCAUA